UUUAUCCAGAAAGGUACAGAUAGCAUUUCCAGCUUCUUGUCGGUCACGUUGUUAGGACCACAUGGCGGACUGAUUAGUUCACAGAAAUAGCGAAGAUGUCCUCUAGUUCUUCUGGUGGCCCCGGAGGUGGGACGCCAUCGUCCGCCCGAACAAAAGCCGGUUUGCCUUCGGACCGCCGCCCUCUGGUCACCAACAUGUCGUCCGCCACAUCACCAGGGGGCUUGAUACAGCAAUCUCUCCUCGUCCAGCAGCCGCAACGGACGACGCACAAACCUUUUGGCGAGCUGUCCCUGAAAAAUUGCGAAGAUUUAAUGGGUGUGAGUGCGCCCAUGGGAAGCUUAUUCAACAACAUGUCUCACAAUCUCCAUGCGUCGAGCACGUUUGCUGGCGACGCAUCCGAAGCAGCACAGCACCACGCGCUUCUCGAGAAAACGGAAACGACCAGUAGCAGUGCGGACCUGCUGAUGGGGCACGUGUGGGCACGGAUUGCCCUCUGGCUGGACGUUAGGUCUCUCGGCCGGUUUUUACAAAUAGUCAAACUCGCGAAGGAGGAGGAGCACCAGGUGUGGCAACACUGCGCCUACACGCUGCACUUGUGCGUUCCGGUGCCUGGCAAUUCGUGUAACUCCUCCCAUGUGAAUGCCAACAUCCACUGGAAGCAGCUGGUGAAGAACUUCGUGGAGCACCACGCAACGCCUACCAACAUUCUGCGGGCGAACGGGCUGGACCUGUACGUGUGCGGGGAUCCGGAGAGCAUCGUCGACCGGCCCAUCCGCCCGGGCACGACACUGUUCGGCUUGCCGUUCUCUGGCCAGUGUCUUUCCACGCGCUUGAGCUCCCUGCCGCCCAGGAUGGUUUUGGACCACCCAAAGUGGCCACGGAUCCGGCCGGGGGAGGGACUGGUUCUGCUGAAUUUUCGAACGGUAUCUUCUACCGCGAAGAGUGGCGAGUUCUUGAAGAGUAGUUCUUACGCAGCGACGAUAUCUACAACCGCCGCCGACGAAGAAAAACAGUUCUGUUUUGCGAUCGGGUAUCACCGGAGUUUUGCCACACUGAUCCACAAAAUCAGCGAGUUGUGCGGCGUGUCGGAAGUGCGCGGCUUUCACGACGACCUAACCGCCCCUUUGCGUUCCCUUUUUUGGUGCGCGGUGGAGGAGCUCACGCUGACGCAAUUCCAAAGCGAUACACAUGCAACAAGUUGUGCGGGUGCUGUGGAGCGUCAGAAGACGGGACAGAGUAGUGUUUCUGUCGCCGCAGAGCAGUCUUCAUCAUCUUCCUCCGAAAAUUGCGCUUCUACUUCGGGAUCAAAUAUUAACGCGAAAAUGCCUGGAAGAAGUGGGAAAAGCAGCAGUCGAAACCAGAAUAAACACAAUCGUGGCACCAGCACAAGUAGCCGCCCUGCUGAGUUAACGCGCGCGCCCCGACCGCGCGUCACUGGUGACCUUGCGCCACGACGUCGCUCAGUGCUGGAAUCGGCCUUCUGGUGGGAUCCCGAAACUGACACCGGUUGUUUUUGGACCGCCGACCUCCUCUACUCCCCGAAAAGUUGUGCCAGCGGGAACGGCCAUGCGACUUUCGACUCCGAUAGGGAGAAAACUUCUGCUGCAGGCGAAGGCGAGCCAUUUUUUAUGGUAGACCAGGAAAUCGAAGGUGCCGAAGCCGAAGACGCCAAGGCUAAUUUUUUUGAUGAAACUGCGGUCGGGGAACAACAUAGGGAGGACCAACUUGGUGGCUCAGUUCGGGUGGCGGGCGCUUUGCAAUUUUCGCCGGAAGCGCGCCGAGAUCAUAGUGGCGCCAACAUUGAUGCAGCUACGAGGGCAGCAAAGACACCAGUCACUCCGACACAACAAAAUAACAGUUUCGAUUUUCGCACCGCGGUCUCGAGCGACUGUAAGCCGCAGCAAAGAGGAGCAAUAGAGUCAGACAACGAUGCCGGCACUCCGUCGUCGUCUUCUUCUUGUGGUUCAAGCUGCGUCGCUCAGGAGGACGAUUUUUACGCGUCAGCAACUAGCAGCAGUCUGGAAUUAUUCCAGGAUGCGACACACGAGAAGAAGAAUACGCUGGAAAACGCAAGAACAGGGUCUGACUUGUUACACAACAAGCCGCUGGCUGCUUCACAAAAGUUUUCCGAGAAACAGUACGUGGAGGUUCCGGCUACCUCCCCAGAGAGGGUCUUGGGAACUACAACAGCGCCAGGCGUUUUUCUGCCCGACCCUCGACCCAUGUUCUCCGCCGGUUCGCCGGCCCCGAAUGUCAGCGCAACUGCUGGUGACCACCACGUAAACAACGACUCCGCGUCGCAUAAUUUUCUCGCUUUUUCACCAGAUAACGGAAGCAUUUCUUCUGCAAUAUCAUCCAUUGCACGCGUAAGCCCGAUGGAACAGCUGAAUUCGAAUAGCGAUUCGCUCGCGGCAAUGGAUGCGCUUGUCAACGCUAGUUUGCUUGCGCAGGGUAAUGAGGAACCACCUGUGAGGACCAGCAAGGUGCGCACAAACGACAGGAGAGAUGAGGCUUCUUCGGAAGGGUUACUCGCUGUUCCAAAAGAGACGGGAGUUGAAGAAGAUGAACAGCAAAGGGAGACAAAGGCAGGAGCCGAACUAGCUGAAGCAGGAGAAAAAUCCGAUUCACCUCUGUUUUUCGACUCCGAGAACCCUGCAACCUUUGCAACCUACAGUGGACGGGAUCCGACAACCGCUCCCAGUCGCAGCCGUUCGCAGUCAUUGGUGACGGAGGAGGUAUUGAUCGUGCCAGCUUCCGGAUCCAGUGAUGGAAUUGCACCUACCUCGUCACAGAUCACAGGUACUAACGAAUUAGCGCAGCGGCCUGGGGAUCCUGCUGUGCAGGAACAAGCGCCAGCAAGUGCGACUUCCGCAGCAAGCUCUUCUACUAACGUUGUAGGAGUUCCUGAAGACGAGCCGUUCGUCAACACCAACACCACUAGAAAUGAUCGUGAGCAGUCUCCGAGGACAUCAACAACAGCAGAUCCGUACUACGAGGCGCAGCUACGCCGGCUAACCAGAACCCGGAAUGCGGCGACGCUGUCCGUUCUUCUGCGCGAAGCGCCGGAGCUUGCGGAACACCUACACUCCAUCAGCGACGAGGAUUUGACGCGAUUGCUCGACAUGAUUCACGCGACCACUGCUUCCCCGAGUAGGAGAAGCCGGCCGGACCUGUCGCCCCGCGCGGGUUCUACCUCACCGCAGGAAACGGCGUCCUCCACAAACUCCAACCGAUUCGUGUCUAGCUCUUCCCGUCGGGGCGAGCGAGGUGGGGAGGCGACUGCUUCUCGGUCUGCCGCCACGGGACGACGGGGGAAUGAUGACGGCGAGGAGGUCUUCCCCGCAUCCUCGUCCUCCGCUCGCGACGGCGAGGGCGAACCCAGAACGCGUGGGCGGGCCGGACCGUCGCAAGAAGCACUGGACCAGAUGUUGACCGGCAGUGUUGAUAGUCCUUUGUCGGAAUCUCUCGAGGAGCCUGAUGCCAUUGACAGCGAUCCCUACGGCAGGGGGCGCAAUCCCUUCGGCGCGGCCGGGUCCAAUUCCAUAUCUGAAUCUUCGGUGGAAGAAGAAUUCGUGCAGAAAACAGUCACCUACUGCGGAACUGGAACAUCCUCGAGCGCAGCGUCCGGAACAAACAAGAGCAAUAGCAGCAGCAGCUCGAGUAGUUCUAGCUGUUCGAGUUCCUCCAGCAGCAGCAGUGCAGUUCUGACCGAUUCUACGCACGGGCACGGACCGCCAGUAGAUGAGACUACUGCAGGGCUCCCCGAAAAGGCUUCUGUGACAGCGACCAGUAAAAAUGCACAUGGGGUGGAAAACAGCAAAAAAGCUGUCGCGAACUACAGUACGGAAGAACAACAGGAGGUCCACGGGGGGCUGGGUCCGACUUCCAGUACCGCUACAUCAGGCACGACGAGAUGCGGCACGACCACCCUGACAUCUGCCGCAUCUUCGUCAAUCCUGGCCUCCGAAGGGGCCGACUUUUCCCACGCCAGUAGUACGGCCCUAGCGGUUUCUGACGAAAAUGAUCGAGGAAAUGUAAAUGAGAUUUUUCCAAUAACUCCUCCAGGACCUCCACGGGUGGGAUGUGCUUCUAGCAGUUCUAGUCCAAUUGAUCGGAAAAUGAGCAAAAAAGAUUCGGUACGGCCGUGCUCGUCCAGUGCGACGACGUCUGCAGCUGCUGUACCAGUGCGACGUCGAUGCGAGGGAAGCUCCAGCUCGCUCAUUAUUGAUGAGAUUGCGAACACAGCCUCCUCGCCUGUGAAGCGGUUCUCGACGUCCAUUCCGAUCACCUACUCGUGGACACCAAAAAACGUCGAGAGCAUUGCGAGUCGCGGAGCGCAUCAGCCGCACUCGGUGUACCACUACGCGUCCCCGGUCGCGGAGCGCGCCACGACCGGGGGCAGUUUGUUUGACGACCGGUUUUCGCCUGCUCGGUCGCAAGUCCCAGUGCUGAGCAGCCGAGAACGUGAGGGAGAUCAGCAGCCGCAGCUGGUCCUGGAGGGUCUUCCACUUGAAGCACAACAGGAGGUGGGAAGGCAGGAAGUAGAUCUUGGCGCGCGUGAUGAAGCUACGCUAUUACAGGAGACGAGGAGAACACGCCAGCGACUUAUAUUACCUUUACCGUCGGACGCAGCAACAUCUUCUUCAUCACAUACUACCCCUGCGGCUCCUGCCGAUAAUGUUCACGCAGUGCCGGCGGAGCACGAGAGUCCACCGCCAAGUCCCGUGCAGCGCAGUCGAACGCGGCUGACAGCGGCCGCAAAGUCGAAGAAAAUCUUCAUUGACACGCGCGAUCAGCCCGACCGCGACCACACGGACGACGCGCGGUUUCUAGCCUCACCCAUCGCGCUGCCGCCCCCGGUGCCGGUUCGGGUCCUGGAAGCGACGAAGCAAGCGAGGCAAUUCGAGUUCGCGCCCUUCGCGCCGGACCGACUGAUGCUGGUGGGCGACAAGCACGGGCACGCGAGCGUCGUGGACAUUGUGAAGGAUAAGAAGGUGGGAACUUCCGUUUUCAUCGACGCAAAUCCGCUGCUCGGCCUCUCCUGGCUCCCGCUGUUUCCCAACCGCGCGCUCAUCGGGGCGGCGCACAGUGGCUCGGUCUGCAUGAUUCAGCGCGACGUGGAAACCAACAACCUGCAGAAACUCCACCUGUACCAGCCCUUCAUGCAGCUCUCCUCUCUUUCCGCGAACGCCACCAACGACUACUUCGUGGCCUCGGGCUUCGCGCACGAGCUUGGCGUGUUCGAUGUGAACCGCAACUUCCCGAUCAAGAUCAUCAACGGCGCGCACGAGCACUUCAUCAACAUCAGCCGGUUCGCGCACACGCACCCGCACCUGGUGGCCACCGCCAGUUUCGACAGCACCUGCAAGUUGUGGGACCUGCGGCAGCAGAGAUCGAACCGGCCCUGCUGCACCUGGCACACGGGGGGACUGAACGUGAUGUGCGCCUUUUCGCCGGACGACCGGUACCUGCUGGCAUCCGGGGUCGACACCCGGGUGCUGCAGUACGAGAUCGCGCAGCCCGACCGCACGCCCAACCGCUUUGCCGGGAUCCUGCGCAAGCCCUCCUACGCGACCCGGUACCGCCGGUCGGUCUACUUCGCGAACAGCAAGUGCUUCGUCACCGGGGCCACGGACGAGGGCCACGUGCACGUGCUGGGCGUGAUGGGGGAAAACUACGGGAAGAUCCGCGUUACCAACGACGCGAUCGCGGCGCAGUACUUUCCGAAGCCAACCGCGGCGAAUGUGCGCGGAGGCGGCGCGGGCUCCUCUUUAUCCGUCGUCCCACAGUCGCCCGCGGCCCGGCGGGCAGGGCAGAGCCCGGUUUUCAGUCCAGCCCUGAACGUGCUGCCCCUGCGGCGGCACGACGACGAACGGCUCGAGGACGCGGAAAGCAACGAGGAGGACAGGCAUCUCGAUGUCUUGGACGAAGAUGCAGAUGAAAAUGCGAGAAGUGCGGAUGUUGUGCGCACUGAAAACUAUUACGAGACCACAGACACUUACCCGUUGCUGGAGGAAGAUGAAGGGCCAAGUAGCUAUGCGACAAGACGAGAGCAGGGCGUUAUUAGCUCAGCGUCGCAACCGUCCCCGAUGAUGCCAACAGAAAGCGCGGAUCCGCGGAUGCGGUCCCGGGCGGCAGAAGUGUUGCUGCAGACGCCAACGUAUUUGGCUGCGACGCGCAGAACACGCUCCAACUGGACAACCUCGUCCAGCGAAGGCGAUCCCAUGGCCAAUUUGCAGACCGGAGUGCUGCAGCAGGAAGAGCAACUGCAUUCCGGAGGAGCUGCAAGAAUAUAUUCCAGAAGUAGAGCUGCAGCGCUUGCGCGUCAACAAAGUUCAGGUGGGGCGAGCUACAACGAGGAUGACGAUGCUAUUGGACCACCAGCGCCCGCGCUGGGGAGCGCGGUCAUAGGGCAACCGACAUCGGCAGAGGACGACGAGUCGAGUCCAGGGGGUAGAUAUGCUGAAACCGGGCGGGCGAUUCCCCGACGCGGGGGAGGUGCGACGCGGACAGGUUUUGACACGUCUGCCUACGGAAGGCCAUUUUCAGGUCGACGAACCAACAGUAACAAUUCAUCUCCUGGGGCAGUGUCGAGCAGGAGCUUAACUCGCCCAUUGCACGACUACGCGUCCAGACGAGCCUCUCCAGCAACGCUGCAUCAGCAAAAUGAGUCGCGGUUGUACAGUGACCGUGGUGAGCGUGACGCACAAACGCGGCAGCAAGAUACUCCCGCGAACGCGCCGGCGGAUCCGUACGUGCAAUCCGUCCGCACGCAUCCGGUGCGGUCUAACAUCUUUGCGGUGUUGCUCGCCGGCCACCCCCCGCGAGCAGAUUCCUACAUCGCGCUUUGCGAGCGGCCGGUCCACAGUAGAAAUUCGCUUGCAAGAAGGCGGUCGCAAGAACUUCUCUUGGGAAGCUGCGUUUCAUCAUCAUCUUUUGGAGCAAGAAGCCCUGCUUCCAGGCACGUUGUCUUGAAUCUCGACGACAUCCCAGAGGACAAGUAA